AAAACAAUUUACUUGUGCUGCUCUUCACUGGGACCCAAACUCCAUCUAGUGGAUCACAGCUAAACCUGACAAGUAAAGGACCAGGGUGGCUCUGCAGGGGCUGUUUAAUUACAAUGAAUAACUUUCGGAGGGCAAAGGGAGAAAAUAACCGUGAAAUGCAUCAUUUAAUGGCCCUUUGGCAGGAUAGUAAGCCGUGAUUUUACUUGGAACACUCCUGGAGGAUGUGCAGCGGAAAGAAAAUGGUGUUUCUGUUUUCAGAGAGCAUUACUGGUACAGUUAAAGGAAAUGAUAGAGGAAAUUAACAAAUGUCUGGCAGCCUCCCUAAUUGUCAACAGGAGGAGGGAAAUGAUGUUCUUUUAGAGCUUGAAUUAAGCAACACUCCAAAAUGGGUAGAAUUUUUCUCGAUCACAUUGGCGGCACUCGCCUGUUUUCCUGUGCAAACUGUGACACGAUCCUGACCAACCGAUCGGAACUCAUCUCCACACGUUUUACUGGAGCCACCGGGAGAGCUUUUCUCUUUAACAAGGUAGUGAACCUGCAGUACAGUGAAGUUCAGGACCGGGUUAUGCUCACCGGCCGCCACAUGGUUCGAGACGUGAGCUGCAAAAACUGCAAUAGCAAACUAGGUUGGAUCUAUGAGUUUGCCACCGAAGACAGCCAGCGUUAUAAAGAGGGCCGCGUGAUCCUGGAACGGGCCCUGGUUCGAGAGAGCGAGGGCUUUGAGGAGCACGUGCCGUCCGAUAAUUCUUGAAGAGAAAGAGACUGUCAUCUCCUCCCAGGUUUCCUUCACUGAAUCAGAGAAAAAAAUUCUACUUACAUACACUGUCACCUUAGCAUCCGAUUCUGGUACACGAACUGUGAAACAGAGGUUGUGAGGAUUUGAUGGAACCUUUCUCUUUUUUUUUUUAUUUUAUAUUUUCCAUCCCCCACCUGUGUAUAGCAAGAAUACUAUGCAGAUGUCAUUACCUCUUUCCCUCUUCUACUUACAUCUUGAAAUCCAAUAGUGAAUCUGCUUGCUAUACAGUGGGCUGAAGGGAAAAAAGCUAGGAUUUGAGAGCAAAACUUUUUUUUUCCCCGCAUAAACUUGGAAGGGUGGUUUUGAAACUUCUUUUGGGGGGGGGGGGGCUUAAUUUAAAAAAACUUUUUAAGUGAUAACUUUCCCUGAUUUUGCUAGCUUAGAGUAAGGGAUCUGAAUUUGUGACCAGCGCUAAAAGGUUCAGUGUUAGUAUGGCUUGUGCUCGCCAUUGUGCCAUAUUCUUGUUGGGGUUGAACAGUAGCAAAGAGCCCACUCUUCCUUGUCAGUUUUGGCCCGAAGAUGUCAUCAUUCCCAGUUACGUCUCCACACGAUCGGUGUCGAUUGGAAACGUUUUUAGGAUGGGGCAGAACUACUUGGUUGUCUUUUAAUUUUUUUCCUGUAACUUAAGCAUAGAAGUAAUAUAAAAUAAAGUAAUCGGUGUACAUUUCUGGUCCUGUGUUGCUUUAACAGUCAAAAAAUUGUGAUGGGGAUUUGCUAAGUAAUUAUUGCAGCAACAAAGGUAUUUUUCUCUUCAUCUUUUAUGUUAAACGUGCCAAGAAUGAGGUUACUGAAAAUGUUGUGAUUAAAUUUGUUUUGAAACCCAUGAUGCUCUAGUCAAAAAACAAUCCAAGAGGAAACUGGCAUCACUUGUUCCUGCAGAAAGGAUGUAAUUUGCAUCUGUUUAAAAAAGAAGGGGAAGACAGAUUUAAACACCCUGUCUUCGAGCACGGCUACAUUUAGUAGAUUUUGCCACAUCCCCGUUUCUGCUGUGCGUUCUCCCUCUGGCAGGACUUUCCAACCUGUGCUUCGGCUAGCGGUGCAGACCCAGCCGAUCCAUUUAUUAGAAACGAAUUAUUCCCCUGGGAAAAUCAACUGUUUUAAAUCAGAACUUCAUGUGAUAUCGAGACGCUGGUGGUAUUUAUCGAGCACUCGUGUGUAGAGCAUUGCUUUGGAGAGUACACUACAAUAGAGUUUUACUGAAGGUCUUGAUACUGGGGACCAGAUUUGCAUUAAUCCACAGCUGCUGUCUUACACAUUCCAAAAAGCUCAUGUUUUUGCCCCUGGCUCCAUAAAGGUAGACUGUCUUGUCAAUAGUCAAAAAAUCCAUUGAAUCCCUGGUGUAUCUGCAUAGAAUAAAGACAGACCUUGUGCCUGUCCAAACCUCUAAUGGUCUUUAACUGGUCUGAAUGAGCUUUGUUGUGGGCAGGGACCUGUCUAUCAACUUUGUUGUAGUGUAUUCUCCCAAACACCCAAUACAGUGUUUUGCACACCGUAAAUGCUCAAUAAAUAAGAGCGAUUGAUUGACCUGCAGGGCAGAGCCCGGUGGAUUUGAGCUCCUGGUUGGGUACUUCUGUCUCCCCUUAGGAUAAGGGCAGUAUUGUUACUGUUCGAAUUGGGACUUCUUUUCCUCGCGUCUCCAUUGACACAUUUUGGAAAUAUUUAAAACCCAUUCGUUACCACAUGGGUCUCUUGCAAACUUAAAAUCAGAGUGGCAUGUUUCAGCUGCAGCAUUGUAAACUUUUGCUAGUAGAAUGUAAUAAAGUAAUAUGCUUAGCCCUAUGUUGAUACCUUCCUGCUACCUUGUUUGCCCGGCCUUUAAUAUGCCGCUGUACCAUUUUGUCCUGAUAAAGUCCGUUGCAACCUAUAAA